AUGUUUUAUAUAAUAAUAGGAGCGGUCAAAAUAGAUCGUUCAGGGUGCCCUGGAAUCUGUGGCCCGCAGGCCGCGACCACAUCAACCCUGUCUUUCUCAAGCUUCCGGAAUUCAUUCACUUCCAAUGUCAAUUACCUGAAAAGAAGCUCAGCGGAGGCGUUGCGUAGAUUCAGCUCGGGGGACCUGCAGUCCGAGUGUGAUGAAGGCGAGGUGGACCCCUACACCGGCCGGCCGGCCACCACCAGCCAGCCGAAACCACAGAAUCAGAGGCCAGUUUCGCAGGCGACGGGCGGUAGCAUCGGUAGUGGAUCAGUACCACCAGCUCCUAGCGCUGGAAGCGCAGGAGCUAGUGGAGACUUAUCCUUGAACCUUCGCGGCGGGUCUCGAGGCACCUCUGCUCCUUCUUCACCCGCUAAGUCAAGAGAAUCGCUGCUGCAACGCGUACAAUCUCUCACAGGCGCUGCACGUGACCAGGGAGCUAACUUGUUGGGAAGCGUGACAUCUGUAGCAUCGGUAGGACGUGGCUACAACCGCGACCGUUGCGUUACCCUGUUAGUUGUCGACGAUCAAAACACCGACUGGUCAAAGUAUUUCCGUGGACGACGCUUGCCCGGUGAAUGGGAUAUUCGCGUUGAACAAGCUGAAUUCCGUGAAUUGUCUGUGACGGCGAGUUCCGACGGCGCUAAUGUGUCUAUGUCGGUUUACCGCAGCGGAACGAAAGUAACCCGUUGCUUUAAGCCGGACUUCGUGCUGGUGAGACAAAACGUGCGAGACGCCGGCGCUGACCACCGUGCACUGCUUCUGGGACUUAAGUUCGGCGGAGUGCCUUCUAUUAACAGUCUUAAUUCAAUCUAUCAUUUCCAGGACCGGCCAUGGGUGUUUGGACAUUUGCUGCAACUGCAACGGCGUCUCGGCAGAGAAAACUUUCCUUUGAUAGAGCAAACCUACUACCAUAACCACACAGACAUGGUAAUGGCGCCGAAGUUUCCAGUGGUGAUCAAGAUCGGGCAUGCGCACAGCGGCGUGGCCAAGGUGAAAGUGGACUCUUUGGCCGACUUCCAGGAUAUAGCAGGUGUCGUCGCUAUGUUGGGAACGUACUGCACCGUGGAGCCGUAUGUCGACGCUAAGUACGACAUUCACAUCCAAAAAAUUGGUACUAAUUACAAGGCUUUCAUGCGUAAAUCCAUUUCCGGAAAUUGGAAAACUAAUCAAGGAUCGGCCAUGCUUGAAGCUAUCGGUAUGAAUGAUAGAUACAAAAUGUGGAUUGACGAGGUGAGUGAGAUAUUCGGAGGUCUGGAAGUUUGCGCUCUAGAGCUGGUAGUUGGGAAGGACGGUCGCGAGCACAUUAUAGAGCUGAAUGAUUCUGCAACUUCGUUUAUGGGAGACACGCAGGAGGAGGACCGACGCCAACUCUCAGAACUUGUCUUCCAACGAAUGCAGUCGGUGUGCCGGCCCGGCGUCACUAAGACCACGUCCCGGAGCUCGGUGGCCGGCAGUGGCGCGGCGUCGCCCGAGGAGCGCGCCGGCGCGCCGGGCGGGCCGCCCAGCGCGCCGCCCAGCGCCCCGCCUAGCGCGCCGCCCAGCGCGCCGCCGCCCGCGCCUCUCGCCGCCGCCACCAGCAUCGACCGCCCGCUGCCGCCCAUCCCCGCCGAACCCGCGCAGCCGCCUCCGCCGCCGCUCGUCCGCCGAGAUUCUCAAGCGUCCCAGUCGUCGUCGGUGUCGUCGGCGGGCGCGGCGGGCGCGCCCAGCUCGGCACAGCCCGCGGCGGGCACAGGCGCGCGCGGCGGGUUCGCGCGGCAGGGCUCGCUCAGCGCCGCGCUCACCGAGGACGCGGAGGACACCAUGAAGAACUUGCGCAAGACCUUCGCGGGCAUCUUCGGGGACAUGUAACGCGCCGGCUCACUCCCAACCUGUUACAUCCACUUUGUUACCUAGCGGUUAUCCGAUUUGGCAUUUCAAUGCUGACCGUUAUUUUUAAUAUCUAAUAUCGUAAAAUAAAUAAAUAAAAAUAUGCUCCGGGAAGUCGUCGGCGACACGAGGGGUCCGCUAGGCUUCCUCGAGGAGCUAGGCUGGCGUGAAUGAGGCCCCCAGCCUACCACGCAAAAUAGGCGCACUGAGACGUCGAGUUGCGGAGAAUAGCCCGUGGAAAAUCAAUCAAAAUCAAAUCAAAAUAAAAAUAUGCAAUAGACACUAAAUACACCAAAAUGCAAACAGAAAUGUGUGUUAAAAACAAAACUGUCAAACUAUUGUAUCUUAGAACUCUUUAUUUUCAUGAAUGUAUUUGUUUUAUAAAGAGAUAAAAAUGCCAGGUACGAUUUAAAGUGAAAGUAAAAGAGUUGUUAAUAGAUGAAUAAUUAUACUGA